AUGGCUGAUAAGAGUAAGACGCGAAUGAAUUUAGCGGCUAUAAAGAAAGUCGACCCAUAUGCCAAGGACAUUGUGGAUACAUCCUCUCAUGUGGCGUUUUACAUAUUUGAUUCGGAUCAAAAUGAAUGGGAGAAAACUGAUGUCGAAGGGGCCUUUUUUAUCUACAGUCGUAAUGCUCAACCAUUUCACAGUAUUUUUAUAAACAAUCGUCUUAACACAACUUCCUUUGUGGAACCUAUUACCACACAUCUAGAGUUGCAGGCACAGGCACCUUUCCUUUUGUACCGUAAUGAAAGGUCUCGUAUUCGAGGAUUUUGGUUUUACAACAGCUUAGAAUGUGAACGCAUUAGCAAGCUGGUGAAUGAUCUGGUGUUGACUGCAGCCGGUUCCGGUGCGUGUGACACUGCUUCUGAGAAUGGUUCUCACUACAACGAUGUUAAACAAAAUAAUAAUGUAAACAUAUUUAAAAUGCUGUCGAAUGCACAGCAGGAAUUUAACAGUAGUCAAAAUCAGAAAAGACAAUUUGCGACGGCAAAUAACUCGCAAACGCCUUUAAAGGCUUCUGGCAAUGUAUUGAAAUUUUUUGAAGCAGCAGAAGUUGCUUAUACGCCACGGAUAUUACCAAAUACAUUGUCUGUUGAACAGCUGGAAAAACAACAGCGCGAUAUUCAACCAUCUCAGCAGCAAACACUCUGCGAGGAUUUAAAUACUCAAUUGUACAAUAAACCAUCGGAAAACAACACAAAACGGUUGUCCUGUUCCUUGUUGGAAAACACACCCAGUACACUUAUCAAUCAUCCGAUACCCCGGCCUGGCAGCUCUACCUCAGCAGGGGAAAAUAAAUCUGUACUCAAUCGGGGUCCAGAUUUUGGGUUCACACAAGCUCUUACAGCGGCUACAUGCUCGACCGGCAAUCUACCAGGGGAACAAAUUUCUCUCAGCAAAAUAUUUUCCAAUCUCAACUUGCAAAAGAGUUUGUCAUCUCAAUCAACAGCUGACAUAAAACCGGCACUCAUGCCACCCACAAUGUUUGACAAACCGGCGACAGGACCUUUACAAAAUGCACCUGUGCAGCCAAUACUGGCACACCAAGAACAGAAGGAACCUUUAAAUAAAUUUCAAUUUAUACAAGCUUUCAAUUAUCUAAUACAAAAUGAUGAUGAUUUUGUAGAAAAACUACACGAGGCCUAUCUAACGAAGUUUGGCACAUAUCAAUAAAAAUCCCUUAUAAUUAAUCUUUGGAUCUAGAACACAAAAAGAAGCAGACGGUUAUUCCAUUCAAAUAGAUAUGUAUCUAAUAUGUUUCAGAAAUGUUUUAAAAUAUCGACUUCUUUAUUAUUAAGUUGAACAAAGUUUUGCACCAGUCAUCAGUCCCAGUAGAAAUCAUAUUUUUCCCUGAGCUUCUCUCUUCAACCUACUUCAACAAAAGUAUUUUGAAAUUUUAAUUUUUGCAGCGCGAUUUGUUAAUAGAAAACUAAAUUAUCGUUGAGCCGUACAAAAUAUUAACAAGCUUUUGGCUAUGGUUUGUUUAGCUUUUUUAAGAAGCUUCGUCAAAAUAUCUAAUAAAUCUUUCCGUUGAUCCCAUACGAACGAUGAUUUAGAAAGGACAGUUUAAUUUUGUUAUAACAAUAAAGCAAACUUCAUUAGUAAAAAUUG